UGUCACAUUACUUUCAAUUUCGGGCCUCUUCCAAAAAGAGUUUUAAAAUUCCAAAUAUUAUCAGAUUGUUCAUGUGUGUAGGAUGCCUGUCGCCGUUCGCUUGGUGGAAGCUCUGGCCAUAGUCACACUAAUGGCCCUAAUUACUUGCGUCUCACUCUGUGUCGUGAUUGCACAGCAAUCGUUGAGUCUUGCAAUAACAUUCAUAGAGCCAGCUGCAAAUAUACUCGAUGUCGUGUUGAUAAUGGCCGAGAAAUUGUUGGUCGGCGCAUUGGUAUUCAGUGUUACCCUAAUCAAUACUGUUUGUUGUGCCUUGCAUAUGAUUGGAAUUGCUUAGGGAGGUGGCACUUGAACCUGAACAAUUAUCAGCACCAUACUCAAGUGAUGCAAAAUAAUAGAAAUUUUCAAGACAUUCCGGCAUAAAAAAGUGA